AUGAAGAGAAGUUUCGAUGCCUAUGGACCUGCAGGAGGAGCUCCAAAAUUUGCGCGCUCUGGCCCAGUUGUGGCGCUGAAGAUGCUCGUGUCACCGAAAGAAGCAGGCACUUUGAUCGGCAAAGGUGGUAUGACGCAGAAGCAGAUAUCUGAUAUCACAGGGUGCAAACUUCAUCUCAGCGGCAUGAAUGAGCUGUACCCGGGAACUCAGAUGCAAGAGGUUUGUGUGCGAGCUGAGCAUCCUGACGCCGUGUCGAACGGAGUGUUGCAGAUCCUCUCGAAGCUGUCGGAAGAGACAGGCAAAGUCAUGGGUGGUGAGUGGGAGGUUGAAGAUGGCGGAGCACGAGUGCAUUUCAUCGUGCCGACUAGCGCAGCCAGAAAUAUUAUCGGCAAAGGUGGAGAGUACAUCAAAGGACUGCGGCAGGCAUCUGGAAUGAAGGUGCACAUCGAAGAAGUGGUGCUUGGCAACGGGGAUGCAGCAGAGCAGGUCAUAUCUCUGGCUGGUCCCCUGCUGAACAUGCAGACAGCCUUGCCCAUGAUUUUGGAGAAG